AUGUCGUCGCAACCCCAAGAUAUGAACCAGCUACUGCACGCAAUGCGUGUGCAGAUAGCUGAGUUAACCUCGCAACUCGCCGAGAUACAGGCCAACCCCCCUGUAGCAACCCCCUCGGUAGAGAAAAAGUUUAACAAGAAAGUCGAAGUCGUCGCUGACCCUGGCGCCUUCGAAGGAGACCGAGCGCGAUUUGCGGAAUGGUGGAUCAAGCUCCAGAUUUGGGUCAAGGCGAACUGGGACGCUUUCGCCGACGAUUUUGAGGUAGCCACUGCGGUGCUAUCUCGCCUAAAAGGACCUGUGGCGGGUCGAUACGCCCAAGUAAGACUCCAGGAAUGCUACACCGCGGGUGUGUGGCCUACCUGGGAUGAUCUCAAGAAGGAGAUCGAAAAAUACUUCAAACCACAAGCUGAGCGUGACUGGGCUCGGCAGCAAAUCCGUUCGUUCAAACAGGGAAACCUGAGGACGGACGAUUACGUCACCCGGUUCCUGGCCCUCUCCAUCCAAGGAGGGUUAGGUAACGAACACGCAGUAGAACUGCUGGAACGCAAUGUGAACCCUCGCAUUGCAGAGCAGAUCUACCUGCAGGAUACGAGAAGUGACGACCUGGCUCUGGCAGCCGAGGAAGUCCGAUGA